UAACAUGCUUAGAUUACUGAGUGUGGUGUUUGUUUCAGUUGCCCUGGCGCAAGAAUUAAUCGUCGAUCUUCCCGAUGGUACAAUACGAGGAUCCGAGAUAACCUACCAGAACAAAAGCUAUUACGCUUAUAGGGGAAUUCCCUUUGCAACCCCUCCUCUAGGCAAACUAAGAUUCCAGCCUCCUAUACCUCCUAAGCCAUGGGAUGGCAUCUUGGAGGCUAACGAAACACAAAACUGUUGCAUGUCGAUGUGGCCUAAUGCCCUGGACAGUGAAGAUUGCUUGUAUCUCAAUGUAUACACACCUGCGAGAAAGAUCACCGAGGGAAUGCCAGUAAUGUUCUUUAUAUACGGAGGAGCUUUCACCAUGGGCUGUACAUCUGAUGUAACAGCUGGACCAUUUUCAGCUCGCCUUCUCUAUUCUUCUCGUUUGUGA